CCGACACAAACUUUGUCUUUGAGUAAUUAACUGGCCACAAGGCGCUCUGCUGCUGCACAAGCUGAUGCUAAGCUAACGCUCCGCCUGUCAAGAAUUCAGUGUGUAGUUAGCAGCACAUUCCAAGCCAUAAUAAAAGACAUCAACUCAACAGCCAAACACAACACAUAGCGUUACUCAGCUUCGGCCAAUUAUCCUCUUGCAAAAUGGACGCCUCAGCUUCUUCCGUGCUCACCCUUCUCGUCCUCAUCAUCCUCGCUAUCAUUGCUGAGUCUAGACCAUCGCCUCCACGAGAUGACACCAAGGUCAUGACCUCAAUGUUUGGCUCUCGGCUCUCCUCUCUCCUUGUGGCCCCGCCCCCCUCUGGGGACGCCACAGAGGGCCCAGCUGGAAUACCCGUCCCCUCCAUGGGAUUGACCAGGAGGCAGGAGUCUUCAUCACAGUUCCUCGUGGACUUCCUGCGGCAACAUUCCAAGAUAAGGAGGCGGAAUCGGAAGGCGAUGAUGGGAGGAAGAGGAUGCUUUGGUAUGAAAAUGGAUCGCAUUGGCUCCAUCAGUGGACUAGGUUGUUGACUUUUGUUUCACUUUUUAAUGACAGCUAGCCUCGUUUAAUAACGAGGGACAAAAGGUGUAUGCCUGUUCAAGACACAGGUACUUUUUCCUACCUCUGACCACUGAUCCCUGGCUAAAACACAGUCAGAAGAAAGUGUGAGUGUGUAAGUGUGUGCGUGUGUGUGUGAGGGACAAAGACAAGCAUGUAUGUAACAUGUGCUUACCUUGUUAGUAUGUUGACAAACUUCUUCAAAGAAAGAUGAUUGAUGAUUGCU